GAAAUUAGUGAAGCGAAGGUUAGCGACUGUCACUAGAAAAACUCGCUACACAAGAUUUUAUAUUUAUUUUCGAGUCCUUCCUGUACUAUAUAUAAAUAAAUAAAGUGCUUUCGGUGCUUUCGGACAGGUUCUCGAGUCUACACAAUUCAGUUUGAGAAGCGACUGCGACUUGAUCGUUUUUACACGGCGUUUAAAAUCGAGAUUUAAUAAAAAUCAUAGCCAGGAUCGAAAUUGCAUGCUGAGACACGCAAAACAAACGUGGGCUGCCGAUCGCGAUGUGGUGUUGACGGCAUCUCGGAACAAAAUACUGACAUAGUGCACCGGUGAUGUUGAUCGCAGGUGACAGAUCCAAAUAACUCGGCUACCCAAUUGAAACAUAUAUCGCAAAAUCUGUGCACCCGCAUACGCAGCGGCAGCUCGCACGGAUCGGAUCGGAUUGUGUACAUACGUGCGACGUCGGGAUUACGCCCUCGUCGAUCAAAUUGAUCCACGCGAGAAUAAAACGAUCGAUAAGCAGAGCGCGAGCACGUCAUCGCACCACCGCCUAGUGCAGUGAACUGCAGCUGCAUUAAGACUAUAUAUAUAUAUUUUUAUUCAUUCAUUCGUGACAGGGUGAACUGGAUGAACCUGGUAAUCGGAAAUUCAUUAGCGCCUGUCCAGACAAUGCUUGCAUAAUUAUAUUCAUGAAGAAAAUUAUCCAAUCGCAUUUCUAUAGACACAUAUGUAAAACAUGCAAUCGAGUAAUUUUCUUUAUGCACAUGGCUAUGUAUAAGUUUGUCCGGGUAUAUCCUCGAGGAAGAGAAACCUGCACUUGACGACGGUGCCCGAGGAUGAGAGUGAUCUUCUCGUUGCCACUGUCACCGCGGCUGCGUUACCGCAUUGAGGAUUGCGGGGGCCUUUGCGCACGACAUCCGUGUGCGUGUGUGUAUGCGUGUGUGGCGUAAAUAGAGAUCAUAUGAUCGCCCGAGGGAGUCGUCGGAUCGAGCUGUUUCGCCCCGUUUCGGGAACGAGUGGGAUGCCGUCGCCAACGGACGGGCGCGAUCGUGUCUGAGGAAGCGCGUCUGAUUGUCCGAUUGAUUUGCGUUUGCACACAUGAACGAACGAUUCCUCGUCGUCGACGUCUGUCCCCGCGACCUCCGAUUCCGCAGUAGACGCGUAACUGUCUGACGCGUCAUGGCGAGCACGGCCGAGAACAUAGCCUGCGGCGGCUUCGUGUUUUUCAACAACUUCGACUCGGCUAAUCUGGCCAGGGUGGAACCAGUGAGGAUACCGGAAUCCUUCGAGAAAGAUGUUUAUGAGACUGAAAGCAAGUCGACGAAUAGCUCGAAUUCCAAAGACACAUUGGAUUACGAGUUCAAUCUGUGGACGAAGCACGAUUGUCACGGCACGCAAUUCCAGAACAACAAUAGAACCUGGUUUUACUUUGGUGUCAAGUCUAGUCGGCCGAGCGUCUCGGUCAAAUUCAACAUAGUCAAUUUGAAUAAGCAAGUCAAGAUGUUCAGCCAAGGGAUGUGUCCGGUCUUCAAGAUUGUGCCGGGUCACCUGCACUGGGAGCGGAUUCGCGAAAGACCUACAUACACUCUUGAUCAGAGAGGGAACGACUUUACCUUAUCGUUCCUCUAUUACACUCCGGAAAAUUCGAAAGCCAUCACUUACUUUGCUUUUACGUAUCCAUUCUCGUAUACAGAUCUACAGAAUUAUUUGAGUAGGAUCGACGUGAGAAUGGAAAAGAGGAGUGUAAUAUGUAGGGAUGACAUCUAUUAUCAUAGGGAGUGUGCAAUAAAAUCUCUGGAGGAUCGUAGAUUAGAUAUAUUAACAAUAAGUUCUUAUCAUAACAUAUCGAUGGAGAGAGAAGACAGACUGAGCAAUUUGUUCCCUGAGAAAAGCGAGGAAAGGCCUUACAAAUUUCAUGACAAGAAGGUGAUUUUUAUUAGCGCCAGAGUCCAUCCAGGUGAAACGCCAUCUAGCUUCGUUCUGAACGGUUUCCUCAACUUUUUGCUAAAUCGAGAAGAUCAGAUUGCUAUACAUUUACGUCGCCUGUAUGUGUUCAAAUUGAUACCGAUGCUCAACCCAGACGGUGUUGCCAAGGGUCAUUAUCGGAUGGACACUAAAGGGGUGAAUCUGAACCGAGUUUAUCUGAAUCCUUCUGAAGUAGAUCAUCCCACGAUAUAUGCCGCAAGAAACUUAAUAAAAUAUUAUCACAAUUCUUAUCAACUACCGAGCGAACUAACUGACGACCUGUCGAACAUAAACUUACAAAUUAUGGACAGCAAUGUAAGCAUUAUAAAUUCGACCGCUUCGAUAGCAAACGCUGUACGUGACACAACUACAAGACUUUUGCAACAAGUAACAUUUAUGUCGUUGGAUGAGAAGAACAGGUGUGCUCUCGAUAGUAGUGAGAAACAUUUAUUGACGUUAGAUUUGGACAAUGCAGCUAUUGAUGAAAGCGAAGGUCUAUCUAAGGAAGGUGAUAAAAGUGAAAACGUCACAGAGGUCAGAACGAGUGAUAAACAAGCAUAUACAGCAGUUGGUAUGGAUGAGAUACCAAAAUCCUCGGAUAAUUCUGGAUUAUAUCUGUAUAUUGAUCUUCACGGUCAUGCCUCGAAGAAGGGCGUUUUCAUGUAUGGAAAUCACUUUACUGACUCAGAGGACACUAUCGCAUGCAUGCUGCUACCAAAGUUGAUGUCUAUUAACAAUCCACACUUUCAUUUCACAUCGUGCAAUUUCGCGGAACGAAAUAUGUACAUCAUAGACAAACGAGACGGCAUGUCCAGAGAAGGUUCAGGGCGCGUGGCAGUGUACAAGAUGACUGGUCUGUUGCGCAGCUAUACUCUGGAAUGCAACUACAACUCCGGCCGUUUGGUGAAUAUGAUCCCCGCCAGAAUUCGCGACGGGGUGAAUAAAACUAUGAAUCACGUGUUCGUUCCUCCGAAAUAUACGCCAGCAGUGUUUGAAGCGGUUGGAGCAGCAUUAGGACCUUCCAUUCUCGAUCUCAAUGGGAACAAUCCCAACAGCCGAUUGCCAAAUAGCCAGUAUCGCUCUUUAAGGGGAGUAAAAUCUCAUUUGAAUUUAACGUACGUGAGCAAUCUCUCUGCAUCACCCGGCAAGUCAGUGCGUAAGGACAACGAAGACACCGUCGCGCGGAGCAGCGGUAUCCUGAAGGAAUUGGAAACGAGACUGAACGACGCGGUGACAGGAGCGAGGAACGCGAUAAGGAGCGAGGGUAGCCUGGUGAAGAAGUGUAUCCUUCGCCGCGGCGCCUCUUUUUACACGGCGGUGAAGCGGAUCAAGAACAGCAAGAAACCCCGGCAGACGCUGACGCGUCGCGCGUUGAAAAAUCACUGCGCCAAUAAUGUGGAGAACAGCGCGAUAAUCUGCGCGAUCAAGUCCGAGACGGAGGCGAAGCCGUUCCUGAAGGCGAUCGAUCGCUAUCGAUCGAGCAGAUCCAACGCCGGGUCGGCGACGGUCAGCGACACUCUCGAACCGCGUUUAAGCGCGAGUAACAACAAGAAGUCAACGGCGACGAAGACGCGCGUUCCCUCCGAGGAGACGGCUGCGGUGAGGCAGGGCGCGAAGAGGCUGAAGGUCAUCUCGUUCACGAGGACGUUCAAGCCCCUGCCCGAGGUCGGCGAAUCGUCCGGCGCCGCGGGGGAAACCGGCGCGAAAGUGUCCCCGAAGGUAACGCGUACUUGCGGCAAGCAGAGCGUUAAGGGUGCGCACGACAGGGCCGGGAUUGCCACACGUAAAGCCGAAUGGGUCUUCCAGGCUGAAAGAAGUAAAAAAGACUGCCGUUAAGGAGAGUCCUGUCCUUAACGAGAGCGUGAAGCAAAAUCUUAAAUAAGCUCAGCUAGAAUUACGAAAAAACUAUCGAAUUACUAACUCGAGAGACGCCGCAGGAGGUCAAUGUUGAUAAAGAGAGAUAUUUUGCAUAUUGCAGUAUACAGGAUGUUCGAUAACAAGUAGGGAAAAAUUUAAGAGACGAUUCCAGAUGAUAGAAGACGGAAAUCAAGAAUGACAAUAGAAAAUUGGAUGCUUCGUUUUGUAAUUAAAAAUGUUGAAAUAUUCACGUGCUUUAGGCGCUCGUAUAUAAUACAGGACAGAAUGCGCCUAAAGCACGUGAAUAUUUAAACAUUUAUAAUUAAAAGGUAAAGCUUUAAGAUCGCAAUUUAUUUGUUGUAACUUGUAACUUGUUAAUUGUUCUUUAUUUUUAUCUUAUUUUAUCAUCGUCACUUUAAUUUUCUUCCGCCUGUCGUCGGACACUCUGCGUACAGGAUGUCAGGUAAAUUAUACAAUCAAUAAGAAGGAUAGAAAAUAGAUAAAAAAGGAUUUACGUGGCAAAUUUUAUACAUCCUGCGUAUAAUAUGCGAAAUGUUUAAUCUCUUACUUGUAUUUGUAUUAUUUGGUCGUACAAUGGUGAUAAUAUGUGAUAUAUACCGUGUGCAUUCUGUCAUCGUAUACACUGAUUUCUGAUUUUUCACCAAGUGAUAAAUUUUGCCCCUUCGAUCGAAGGCGAAAAUAUUAAGUCAUAAAGUUAAUGUAUAUAUUAAAUUAUGUUACUACACAUACAUUAUAUAUAUAUUAUGACAUAUUAGAUGCGUGUAAAAUAACGCGUUUACUUUUCGAUAUACCAAUAUAUUAUUUAUUAUUUAUACACAUAUAGAACUUUGAUCCUUGCGAUCGACUUGCGUCGACCUUUGAAAGCAGUACUCGUUUCAAAAAUUUGUUUUUAACUUAAAUUAUUGUAUUUUAAAGAGCAUAUUUUACGGGAAAAUUGUUAAGCAAAUGAGGUUAUUUUUCAUAAGAAGUUUUGUAGUUAGAGGUUUUUUUUUUUAAUGGAGAGGAAGUUAGAAGUUUCUUUUUAAAAGGAAAUAUAUUUUUGUUUAAUCUUACGUUUGUUGAAUAACAGUUUCGAAGAUAAUUGCGUAGAAAGGUAACAUGUACUAGAUUAGUAUUCCGUGUUAUGUGACUAUAUAUGAAUGUUAUGUUUUCCUGUGUCUCGAUCAUCUCACAUAAUGCUUCGCAUACAUUAUACUAAAUAGAAGCUGUUAUAUUAUUUACGUGCAAAAAUUUAUUGGCGAAAAUAAAAGAUAAUAUAUACAUA